AUAAAAGAAGUGGGGACAGUCUAUCUGUCUUGCGCUCUCUCUUUCUUUCUCUCUCUCUCUCCCUCUCUUGCUCAGGUCUGUAUGGACACUGAGUCUAGGAAACUGGAGAUGGCUUGGCUGUCGCCUAGCAACAAUAGAACUGCCAACAAGCACAGAGUGAGAGAGAAAGAGAACACACAAUCCAGAGAAGAGCAUGAGGGAACAGGUGUGAGAUACCUGAACACAGGAGGACUCGUUCAGUGAGCACACCAUGUCCAUCAGGAGAUCCGCCAACGUUCUCCAAAGUCCCUUUUAACCGCUGCAAAGUGAUUCAUGACUCAGUCAUUCACAGACUACUGUUGAGGAAGUCAAGUGAAAUCACGCCUUACGAAGCACAGACCCUGUCUGAGUGCGUACAUCAUGAUGUUCGUGGGGUCCCGUAUGAGCUCGUGUCCCCUGCCCCCGCGCAGCGCCACCUCGGGUCAGUCUGACGGCGAGCCCCAGGAGGAGCACAGCCACGGCCACGCCUCGAGCCCCCCGGCCCCGCCCCCGCCCCUCGGCCCCCUGCCCUGCUGGGCCACGCAGGGCCUGUGCGAGCUGGCGCGGGCGGAGCGCGAGCUGCGCCUGCUGCGGGAGCGCCAGGCGGGCGAGGCGGAGGGCGUGGCCCGCGGGGUGGAGCGCGCGCUGCUGGGCGCCCGGCGGGAAGAGCGCCGCCUGCUGGAGAGGGUGGAGCAGGACCACCGCGACACCCAGUGCCGCCUGGAGCAGCUGCAGCGGGAGAACGCGGCGGCCGUCCGCGUGGGCCAGUCCCUGGUGGACCAGCGCUUGCGGGAGGUGGGCCAGCUGAGGGAGCAGAUCCAGGGGUGGGGGGGCGGGGCCGGGGGCGGGGCUGGGGCCGGGGCCGGGGGCGAGGCCGAGCGGGACCAGCUGCAGCGGGCCAUAGCGGAGCUCACGCAGCCCUGGGAGAUCACCCUCUCCCUGAAGCGGGUUAACUUCCGGCCCAGCCCCCAGCCCAAGCCCAUUGCCUUCGGGGAGAUCCGCGUGCAGGAGCACAACCUCACCUUCCCCGUGGCCACGUGCUGCGGCCCGCAGGGGCGCCACUGCAGCUUGCACUCUCUGGAGGGGCGGGGCCAGGAAGGGCGAAACACGCCCGAUGGGGCGGGGCCCACGCACGGCCAGGCUGUGGAGGAGGGGGGCGGUGGGAGUGGGAGUGGCCGAGUAGUGAGGAAGCUCCGCCUCUCCUCUGGACUGGAGGAGGAGAGUGGGGGUGAGGGACAGGGGGAGAGGCUGAAGCUGCUCUCCCCUAGGUGGCGUCGUUGGCCCCCGCCGAAGCGCGAUGGAUCGGACCGGGAGUCGUCCCAAGAGGAGGAGGAGCUAGAGUCCCUGGGAUCUGACACGAAGGGAGAGGAACUGUUCCAGGCCAUCCCUGCCUACCUCAGCAAUGGCGAUUCUGAGGGGGAGGAGCCAAGGGAAGGGGAGGAGUCAGGGGAGGGGCCACUCAGGGGCCAGAGAAACCACCGAAACCUGAGCCUGCGGCAGAGUCGCAGGAUCUCCGCCCCACCAGGAGGGGGCAGGACAGAGCAGGACAGUCAACGCUCCAACCAGGGUGGGGUCAGAGGCGUGUCCCGCUACAAUCAUGAGGCCCUUGCCUCCCCCAAGACUAGCCCGCGGGAGCCAAUGAGCAGCCUGUCCCCGAGAGCCCGCCCCAUCCCCCGCACCCGCCUCAGCCUGUCGUCCUCGGACGACGCCCCCCUGGACCUGGGCCGCGCCCCCUCCCCGGCCGACAGCCUGGACUCCUGCUACACCUUCAUCGUCAGCUCGCCCCGAGACUCCGGGGGGUCCCUGGUCCGCGAAACGCGGCUCACCCGCUCCACCGCCGACCUGUCCUGCCGGACCCCGCCCCUCAUCGACGGGGGCGGGCGGGACCGCCAGGGGUCCUGGUGGGUCAACCACGGCCGCCUCGGCUCCUCCCCCUCCAUUUCUGGGCGGGGCCAGGGCGCGCGGGGCGACGGGGGCGGGCAGGUGUGCAGGUCCCUCUCCCUGUCCGUCAUAGAGGUGCCCAACGCCGGCGCCGCCAAACCGCGGCCGGCCAGGGAGGGAGGCGGGGGCAGGGCGGCCUCCGCGCUGAUGGAGGAAGAGGAGGAGGAGGGGAGCCCCGGCAGGGCGGGCCGGCUGCUCCGGCGCUUCGGGAAGCAGGGCUCGGGCCGGGCGGACCUGACGCUGCCCAGCGGCGUCCACGCCACCCCGCAGGGCCAGCUGUUUGUGGUGGACAGCGGGAACGCCCGGCUGCAGGUGACGGACGCCCGCGGGAACGUCCUGCAGCAGGUGAGCUCGCCGGGGCCCGAGGGCUCGGGCCGCCGCUGCCGGAACUACUUCGACGUGGCGGUGAACGGCAAGGGCCUGAUCGCGCUGAGCUGCGCCGCCGAGAGGGCGCUGCUGGUCUUCAACCGCCACGGCCGGGCCCUGCGCACCCUCGGCGCGCGCGACGAGCUGGACGCGCCCCGCGGCGUGGCCGUCGACGGCCUGGACCGCUUCCUGGUGGCCGACCUGCGCCGCGGCACGCUCGCCGUCCUGAAGCUGGACCCCAAGACGGGCGCCCGGCUGGAGAGCACCGUGGUGCCCGGCUUCCACCGGCCCUACCUGGUGGCGGCCUGCCCGGCCUCGGGCCUGGUGGCGGUGUCGGAGCGGGGCGGCGAGUCGGGCCGGGGGCCCUGCGUCAGGGUGCUGGAGCCCGGCUGGACCACCGUACGCGUCCUGGGCGUGUGCUCCGGCCUGGGGCCCCUCCUGUCCUGCCCCUGGGGCGUCUGCAUCGACCACGACGGCGACGUGCUGGUGGCGGACUGGGCCGAGGAGCACCGCGUGCUGGUGUACCCCGCCCGGGGGGUGGGCCGGCCCCUCGUCACCCAGGGCCUGAGCAGCCCCAGGGGCCUCGCCCUGCUGCCGGAGGGCCACCUUGUGGUGUCGGACAGCAUGCACCACUGCAUCAAGAUCUUCCAGUACAAAUAAGAACCUCUACUCACACGCACCCGGACAGUACAGAAAAACUGUACAGAAAGACUCACAAUACGGAUACAAUCUCAGAGCGGGGGUACAGAUUUCCCUUGUAAUGAGCAAUCUAAACCUUGGAAACAAGACGUGGGGACAAUAUAGCCAAUUUAAACACCUAAAGUGCUUAGACGCAGCAUACAUGCUGCCCUCUCCUCCCUUGCCCAGAGGGUUGUGUGCCCUGUGUUAGUUGAAAGGUCUAAGAGAUUGUUUUCCAGAACAUUUAGUUAAUUUAUUUUACUGGUUCCAUCAGUAAGUGAACACGCUUUUGUUGUGUUAAUGUUUUUGUGUGCGUGUGUAUUAUUGUAAUGGAAUAGAUUAUUUUGUCCCCAUAAAGACAAAAAUUCA